CCGAGGAAAACCUUUGCACAAGUCAUUAAAACUCUUCCAGAGAUGCUGCUGGGAAAUAAAACUCGUCCCACUUCUGCUGCGGGUAAAAUUGAGACUCAAAACAUUACCAGUCUUCAGACUGAACUCAGACCUGUGUGUGGAGCCACUGUGAACAGCUUGUCAAGGCAAACCGAAUGUAGAGCUGGAAGUGUUGCAGUCCUGAGUGGAAGAUCUGAUCUGAUUGAGACACGUUCUGGGAAAAGCUCGAAGCCAGAGUGGCUGGAAAAAGAACUUCUAAGGCAAAAGCACAGACGGCAUACAAUACUUUUUGGAGACAGUGUGAAAUUCAGCCAGUACUGUGUUCAUAGUCCUUGCAUCUCUAAAUUUAAGAUUGAGCAGAAGGUGUCCCUUGAAAGUCUCACAAAGCUGAAAUUGGCAUUUGAGGAAUUUGAAAAUGCUGGUACCAGAUUUCUGGAUCUCCCUCACUUUUGUCAUGUCCUUAAGAAGUGUUUGGGUUUGCCUGCCAUUAACGAUGCACAAAUCCGUGAGCUCUUCAUGAAGAUUGAUUACUCUGGAAGAAACAGCAUCGGAUGGGAUGAGUUCUGCACAUACAUGCAGCUGGAGUACACAGAAAAAGAGGAGUCGGUGGUCCGAGCUAAGCAGGCAGCCUUCAUCCUGCCAGCCAAAAUAAAGCCCCUGAUGCAUGGUGAGCCCAUUCUGAGGAUCCAUCCCACCCCUGGUGCAGCCAUAGUGACUGUGAGAGAAGAUGGGACAGUCAACUACUGGAGCCCUAAACUUCAGCUGAGGAAGAACAAAAGUGUGUUUUAUGAGCGACCCAUUGGACGGACCCCAAAGUGGGCGACUGAUUUUAUCGUAAUGCCACAGUACAACAAGCUGAUCAUUGGAACUGGGGACAGAGAAAUUCAGCUGUAUGAGCUUUCUUCACUCGAACCUUACUGCCAGAUAAACUCCCUGGAAACCAUUCCUCUGAAAUUAGACUACUGUUAUACUGGCCCUGAUGAAUGUGCCAUUAUAUAUGGUGAUACUCAGGGCUGUGUGAAUAUCAUACUAAUGACAUCUGUGGGGGAGACACUGAGGAUGUGGAAGAAAUUGACGAAGGUUGAAAAUGUGCCCAAUAUCAGCAUCGAUUUCGCAGUCCAGUCACCAAAUGUGACGUAUAUUAGAUGGAAAGUACAUCAAGACUGGGUAACAGAGCUGAAAUACAUUAAUAGCAUUCCUGCAAUUAUAUCCACAUCAAACCAUGAAGCCUCUGCUCUUGUUAUAGGUUGCAUUCAGCCAUCCACCAAUAUUGAACAGCAGUUAAAGGAGAUUAAGGAGAUGCAUGAGGCUAAACCCAAAAAAGUGGUUUUCAGCAUCAGCAGCCCUCAGCCAAGAGCACCAUGUGACCAAACCAUCUUUUCCAUAUAUAAAGGAGUCAAGACCUUUGAUCUGUGCAAGAAGCAUAAUCUCCUGGUGACAGGCGGGAUGGACAGAAUAAUACGCAUGUGGAAUCCUUAUGUUCCAGGGAGGCCCACAGGAAUUCUGAAAGGUCAUACUGCUCCCAUCUUCUAUCUGUGUAUCUCCUUAGAGGACAGCCGCAUUUUCUCCGUCUCCACAGACAGCACUGCCAGGAUAUGGGAUAUAGAAGAUCAGUGCUGUCUGUUCGAUGCCCAUCCCAAAGCGAGUUAUCUGCGUGGAGAGUUGUCGGCCUGCCUGUAUUUCCCUACAGCAAAGAGCCUAUAUGUAGCAACUGAGUCACUCGCUUUACUCUCCCUCAAAACCAAAUCACAGCCUGAAAGCAGCCAUAUCGUUUCCCAUAAGGAGGCAGUGCUGUGCUGCGGAUACAGUCAGGAGUUUCGGCAGGUGGUGAGCUGCACUGAUGCGUCAAUUGUAAAAGUUUGGGACAUGGACACAGGAAGUCAGCUCUUUGAGUAUGGAGAUGCUCAUGGAGUUUCAGCCAUAACCUGCAUGGCAUUUGAUCCAGAAGGAAGAAGACUUGUAACAGGUGGCAGAGAUGGCUGUCUCAAAAUCUGGAACUUCCACAAUGGCCACUGCCUAAAGACACUGAGACGAGAAGAUAAAAGCACUGAGAUCUGUGACUGCUCCUAUCUGCAAGUGCACACAAACAAAUUUGUGAUGUCGGUUGGCUGGGGUCGAAGGAUUGACGUUUACUUAGAUAUUCCUGGUGACACUCGUCAUGUUCAAAGGCCACAACCGUCAUGGCCAGAAGACCUGAAAAAGGGACACAAAGAGGACAUUUUAUGUAUAGCCCAGUGUCCCCCCACUCUGAUUGCGACCGGCAGCUAUGACGGAGAAAUCAUUGUGUGGAAUGUGGUUUCUGGACAUAUCUUGUGUCGCUUUCUUACACCUCUGCCUCCACAUGCAGACCAUGCUGAAGUUGUGAAAAGAAGUGUGCUGAAUCUCGUUUUCUUAAAGACCCGGGCGUUAGAUUCAGCAUUCAAUUCAGCUGCAUCUCUCCUGUCCUCUGGAACUGAAGGCUCCCUCUCACACAGAGCUGUUUUUAAUGAAUCCUGUUGUGCGGUCUAUUUUGAAGUGGUCAUGGAGGUGCUUUACUUCCUCCCAUGCCUCGGUCCUUCACAAUUUGUAAUUAUUCCUAUCUGGAUUGUGUUUUCUUUCUGUGUAGUUGUGAAAAGAAGUGUGCUGAAUCUCGUUUUCUUAAAGACCCGGGCGUUAGAUUCUGCUUUCAAUUCAGCUGCAUCUCUCCUGUCCUCUGGAACUGAAGGUUAUGUUCAUUUCUGGAAUGUGUUGAAUGGAGGGAAAUGUUUUACCUCUUUUAUGGCGUCAAGACACCAGCAGCAGGUCACAAAACUGGCCGUCACACAAGACGACCGCCUCCUCUUUGCUGCCGAUCAUAUCGGCUACGUCUGUGUUUACGACAUUAAGGAUUGUGCCAUCACCCAUGAACAAAACCAUCCAAAAACCCUUAACUUUUGGCGAGCACACAUUAGUAGCAUCACUGGCUUGCAGAUCAUUGAGAAUGACCAAGUUCUGCUCACCUCCUCUCUGGACUGCACAGUGCGUUUAUGGAGCAUCCAUGGCGAGUUUAUAGGAACCUUCGGACAGCCUGAUCAAUGGAGCCUCCAGACUGCAUCAUCAUGGCAGCACCCUGCUGUUCCCUAUGAGAUUCUAGUAGAUCCUCUGAGCAUGCCUUCACAUGCCAUGCUUAUUGGCAAGUCAACUCCAUUAGAUGAUCACAGCUCUACCAAAUCUGAAUGCACAAAUAGUGAGAUAGAUGUACCCACUACCAUCACAUCCCCAUUGACAAGAUCCAGCCACAAAGAAAUCAUGGAAAAGAUUAACUCUCUAUAUCCUAAAUGUGGAAAAAGACUGCGACAUGAAAUAUUCAAGCACUCCAACAAGCACCUAAACCACGGGGGCCUUAAGGCCCACCACAAUCUGCGGUAUUUCGAGAUUGUUAAUGUCCCUACUACAUGUGAGAAGCCAGACCUCUCGCUUGCAGGGAUUGACCCCUUCAGAAGCAGUUCGUUAAAUGAAAAGAACGCAGGAAAUUCAAGGCAGCUCAAGAGACAAUGAUAUAAACAAAAUGGAUUAUUCUAAAGAACAUAAUAGCCACAUGAAUACAGGGAAAACACAAGUUCAGGAGAACUGAGCAGAACUCAGUUAAAAUGUACACACGAUAAGCAAGUACUUUCCAGUACUGAUAUAAAAUAUCACAAAAAUACAAAAUUCGCUCAUUUAUUUCUUAUGUAUUUGUUUCAUUCUUGCAUCCAUUUUUCUCAGAAUAUAACAUACGCUUAGUUUAAGAUACAUGAAAACUAAAAUGACUCAUUAUUAAUUAAAUCACUAUUCUUAGCAAACUACACUGGCAUAAAAUAAAUUAUGUUUUAAAAAUAAAGAAAGAAAAAGAAAAAUGUCGGUUACUAUGUAGGCUGUAGAUGAUUUAUGCAGAGGCACUAUUGCAGGUGGUCUCCUUUGUGGCUGAUUUUCUUUUUUUAUUAUUUUAAUUUGGUAGAAUUUUGUUACACUCCAUGGAGACCUCUUGUGGACCCUUUAUUUGCUGUUUUCUGUCAGGCAGGUUACUCUAAAUUUAAGUUAGUCUGUCUGAAAUGAAACGGUAUAGUAAGAACACAAAUCAGCCAUUAUAGACCAGUACAUAUUAGGCUUGUCUACAUGACUGUCACUGUUCUCUAGAGAUCGAGAUUGUUAGAUCAGGAAUGACCCCUUUAAUCGCCUUUUAGAGCAGAGCUUUCAUUUAAACAAAGCUAUAAUUUAAAGUAAGCUAUAAUUGGAACAGAGCUAUAAAGUUCCACCAAAGCUUUACAAUGCCCUGUUAUUAGAGACUAAAAUACGCAGCAGUUUGUGUCAUUUGUCUUCUUGCAGUUGUUAGGGAAAAUUGGGACAUGUUCUAAAUAUAGGUUAAUUUCUCUUUUAUUUGCCAUGCUUGAGGUAAA